GCAAUUUAUUGGUUUAUGAUAUUUUAAUUUCUGAAAAUUGCAUAAUCUGUUCUUUUUGAAAAGGCAUCUUCUUGAAGUGAGUGAAGCUAGUGAAUGCUCUGUGUGUGUAUAUCAAGAAGGAACAGGUUCUUUGUAUUGUUGAUAUCAAAAUCAUGAGUAAUCUUAAAUCUUCAAGCUCUGAAUUGGACUUCGAUCGACCCAAUCUUGAAGAUUAUCUUCCUACUGGAUCCAUACAAGAACCCCAUGGAAAGCUUCGAUUGCGUGAUUUGCUUGAUAUAUCUCCCACUUUGACUGAGGCUGCUGGUGCAAUUAUUGACGAUUCUUUCACCCGAUGCUUCAAGUCAAAUCCACCAGAACCUUGGAACUGGAACAUCUAUUUGUUUCCUUUAUGGUGCUUGGGAGUUGUUGUUAGAUAUGGAGUUCUUUUUCCUAUAAGAGUCAUUGUCUUGACAAUAGGAUGGAUAAUAUUUCUGUCUUGCUAUAUCCCCGUGCAUUUACUUCUGAAAGGGCACGAUAAAUUCAGGAAAAAGCUAGAGAGGUGCCUGGUGGAGCUGAUAUGCAGUUUCUUUGUUGCAUCUUGGACUGGGGUUGUCAAAUACCAUGGCCCACGACCUAGCAUACGACCUAAACAGGUUUUUGUGGCAAAUCACACAUCGAUGAUUGACUUUAUUGUCUUAGAGCAGAUGACUGCAUUUGCUGUGAUCAUGCAGAAGCAUCCUGGGUGGGUCGGAUUACUGCAGAGCACCAUUUUAGAAGGUGUUGGCUGUAUCUGGUUCAACCGCUCAGAAGCCAAGGAUCGUGAAAUUGUAGCAAAGAAGUUGAGGCAACAUGUCGAAGGGGCCGAUAACAACCCUCUUCUUAUAUUCCCUGAGGGAACUUGUGUAAAUAACCACUACACCGUCAUGUUCAAAAAGGGAGCAUUUGAACUCGGCUGCACUGUUUGUCCUGUUGCAAUCAAGUACAACAAAAUUUUUGUUGAUGCCUUUUGGAAUAGUAAAAAACAAUCCUUCACAACACACCUCUUGCAGCUCAUGACAUCUUGGGCUGUUGUCUGUGAUGUUUGGUACCUGGAACCUCAGAACAUAAGACCCGGGGAGACUCCAAUCGAGUUUGCAGAGAGGGUGAGAGACAUCAUUUCUGUUAGAGCAGGUCUUAAAAAGGUUCCUUGGGAUGGAUAUUUGAAAUACUCUCGUCCUAGCCCAAAGCAUCGAGAGAGGAAGCAGCAGAGUUUUGCAGAAUCAGUGUUGCGUCGCCUGGAAGAGAAGUAGAGAACUGGAUGUAUGCUUUGUCUCCAUGUUCCACUCUUGCUUUGAGUUUGAUUUUAUUCUUUAAGUUUUUAUUUUCUGUGGUCUGUAGGUGUUCACUUCUUAGCCAUAGUUGACAGAAUUUUUAGUACAAAGUUGGCAACAAUGUCUGUGAAGCCCUUUGCUUAUUUUGGAUGUCCACACAAGAUACAUGAAUUAAACCUUCUGUGUUUUUAGAUUCUUGUGCUAAUUACAGUAGCCCUUUUCAAUAUAUGGGUAUGGAGGAGUUUUUUUUUU